AUGGAACUAAAGUGGAGUGUUUUAUUGUUCUCAAUGCUGGCGAUUCAACCAACUUUUUGUGAAAAUAUUUUGCAUCCACUCAAAAUUAAUUCAGAUGUGAUUACAAUCUCAAAUGUAUUGCACGACAUUGUCGAUGAAUUUCUUAUAAAAAAUCAUAUAGCAUUUAACAUUCGUGCUAUGACAAUCCCAUCAACACUUUCGUGGGACAUAUUGAGCAGUUUCAUGGCAAAAAAUAACGAAAAAUUUCAUUACAGAUUUUACUACACGAGAUUCAUUAAGUUUAUGAAAAAAACGUUUGCAUUUUCAAAUGUUUUAUUUCUUGAGUCAAUCGAUGAUUUUGAACAUAUUGAGAAAUACUACAACGGUCUUCGAUUUCUUGAUCAGCCUAUAAAACAUUUUAUUUUCAUUCCAAAUCUGACUUAUGAAAUGUUAAAAUCAACUUUGAUUCUGCAACAUUAUCCAAGUCUAAAAUUAUUUUCGUCGGCUAUUUUUUACUACACUUAUUUUAUUACAAAUGAGGAAGAAACUGUGACUUUAUCAACCUUCGAAUGGUUUAGUCCAUAUGGAUGUAAUACUCCAUAUUCCAACAAGCUAAAUACUUUCUAUAAAAAGUCAAUGAAAUGGGAAUCAAAUUUGGAAAAUUAUGAAAAGUUUAUGGAAUAUCAUGGAUGUGAGCUUGUGCUAGCUUUACCAGUGCCUACCAAAAUUGGAAACAUAUUUUAUGUAUCUGGAUUUUCUGUUCUUAAUGAAAAUCAAACAAGCUUUAAAGUUUUUGGAAUCACUCCAGUAAUUUUUGAGAUUGCAGGAAAAUUUCAUAAUUUUAGUGCUGAGUUUCAACCAAUUGACGUUGAGCGAAAUUUAAUGAUGAAUUCUGAGUCAACAAACAUUGCUAUUUUUCCUAUAAAUGGAAAUAUAAAGCAUUUAAAUGUAUUUUUUGAAGUUAGAAGCUUACAUAAAUUAAAUAAUGCUUUCGUUGCUUCUAAUGUAAUUGUAGAUGUAAACGUUCGUAUGUUUGUUACACCUGCUGAAAAGUAUACAGCAUAUGAAAAAUUUAUUUUGCCAUUUGACAUACAGACAUGGAUUUUAUUGAGUACGACAUUCUUAUCAACUUUUUUUACAAUCCUGAUUAUAAAUCGUUUUUCAAAAUCAACUAAAAGCUUAGUUUAUGGACAGAAUAUUGAAACGCCAAUUUGGAAUGUUAUCAGCAUAGUCUUUGGAAUCUCUCAAACGAAGCUGCCAACGAAGAACUUCUCUAGAUUCAUUCUAGUAAUGUUCAUUUUCUUUUGUCUCAUCUUUCGAACCUGUUUUCAAAGUAAAUUCUUCGAAUUCAUGACAAGUGAACCAAGACGACCAGCUCCACAAACGAUAGAUGAAGUAAUAGACAGAGGAUAUGAUGUGUAUUCAAUGCAUGCUAACAAAGAUUUAUCCAAUGGUGAAAAUAGAGGAACAAGAUGGCCAAAUAUCAAUGUAUUAGAUCCAUUUGAUUUCAUGAAAAAAUUUCAAUCACAAUCGCAAAACUCAUCAGCCAAUAUAGGAUUGUGUGUAGAUGAAUUUUUUCAAAAUGACCUCGAAUCUAGAACAAAGGAGAGAAUUUAUUGGAAUCAACUUAAAGAUUCUGUGUUGUAUACAACUUAUGAAGUUUUUAUUUUUUGGAAUUAUUCAUAUUACUUUAUAAUGUUUAAAAAUAUUGUUAAUAAUUUAAUUCCAACUGGAAUCAUGAAGCAUUUGAUUGAAGAACAUUACACAAGAAAGUGGAAAUUUGAUAAGCUAGAAGAUGGACCAAGUGUCUUGAAUAUUGAUAAUCUUUUAUUUGGCUUUAACAUUUGCUUGUGUGAAAGCUCUGUGCGUCCUAUUGAGAUCAAUCCGGAUGUUGAAAUGAUUGCAAAUGUAUUAAAUAACAUAGUUGAUGUAUUUUUCGUUAACAAUAAAAUUGUGUUUAAUAUUCAUGCUUUUGGAAAUUUACCACAAACUACAUCGGAUAUCAUGCAAAGCUUUCUAUCAAAGAAUACGGAAAAGUUUCGAUAUCGAUUCCGAUAUUAUAAAUUAUUAUACACAAAAAAAUCAAUUUUCUUACCUUAUUCAAAUAUAAUAUUUCUUGAGUCAAUAGACAACUUUGAGGCAUUAGAGAAAACAUUUCAAAGCGUAAGAUAUCAAAAUCAACCAAUAAUUUACAUCAUUUACAUUGCAAACCUCAAAUAUGAAAGUUUAAAAGAUGCAUGGAUUCUCAAACACUACAAAGAACUUCUAAUGGAUUCAACAAAUUUUUUACACAAUUCGUUUUUCAUCACAAAUGAAAAGGAAUCGAUUGUUUUGUCGACAUUCGAAUGGUUCAGUCCAAACAAAUGUAAUCGUCCAUUUUUAAAUAAAAUCAAUACUUUUUCAAAAGAGCACUUAAAAUGGAAUUCAGAGCUUAAAAAUUAUGAAAAGUAUUUGCAGUACAAUCAAUGUGAACUUGUUCUUGGCGUUCCUGUCGUUCCUAAAGGUGAUACUUCGGAACAUGUAUCAAGCUAUGCUAAAGUCUACAAAAAUAAUUCUGAUUUUGAAGUUUAUGGAAUAACGCCUAUCAUAUUUGAUAUUGCUGGAAAAUAUCAAAACUUUAGCGUUGGUUAUCAGCCUAUUAAUGUAGACAAUAACUACAUAUUAUAUCCAGACAGUUCAGAAGCCUUCGCUUUACUUAUAAAUGAAACCCUCAAAAAUCCAAAUGUAUACUUUGAAGUUGCAAUUCCAUUAUUUGUAAAAUAUGACAUAAGAUUUUCGAAUGUUAUUGCCAAUGUUGGUGUUCGGAUGUUCGUAACUCCAGCUGAGAAGUUUUCACCUUACGAGAAAUUUUUCUUACCAUUUGAUCUUGCAACCUGGAUAUUACUUGGAUCUACUUUCAUGCUUACAUUUAUGUCGAUUCUCAUCAUUAAUUGCUUCUCUCAAUCUACAAAGAGUCUAGUUUAUGGUCAUCAAGUUGAAACACCAUUUUGGAAUGUGAUCAGCAUAUUUUUUGGCAUUUCACAGACAAAACUUCCAACUAAGAACUUUUCGAGAUUUAUUUUGAUUUUGUUCAUUUACUUUUGCUUGAUUUUUCGAACUUGCUUUCAAAGUAAAUUCUUUGAAUUCAUGAAAAGUGAGCCGAGACGCUCACCUCCUAGAACAAUUGAUGAUUUGAUUGACAGAAGUUAUGAUGUAUACUCAAUGGAAGUUAAUGCAGACCUUUCCAGUGGUGGAUAUAGAGAAAGACGAUGGCCACGAAUACAGGAAAUAGACAAUCAAAAAUUUCACAAACUUUUUUCAUUUCAAUCUCAAAAUUCAACAGCUAAAUUAGCCUUGUGCAUUGAUGAGUUCUAUUUAAACUUUGUAGAAACAAACUCAAAACGACAACAUACAUGGAGCAUGAUUGAAGAUACAAUUCUGUACACAACUCAUGAUGUUUUUGUUUUCUGGAGUCAUACAUACUAUUUUAGAAUGCUCAGAUACAUCAUCAACAAUCUAAUUCCAACAGGAGUAAUGAAACAUUUAGUUGAAAAAUACUAUACCAAAAAGUGGAUAUCCGAAAAAGUUGAAGAACGUCCAAAAGUAUUAUCCAUCGAUAAUCUUUUGUUUGGCUUUAAGAUUUGGUUUGCUUGUUGCUUAAUUUCAUUUGCUACGUUUAUUCUUGAAAAAUUAAAGUAUUUUUAUAAAGCUGAUCAACAUAACCACAUUAAAAAGAAAUUUAUCGGAUCUUUCUUUAUUUUCUUAAGUUCACUUUACGAUUUCGAAAAUUUAGAAAGAAAAUUUGGAGUUUUUCGAAAAGGCGAUGAAGCAAUUAAGUUCUUUAUAUUCAUUCCAAAUCUGACUUAUAGUCAAGUUAGAACAUCUUGGAUAUAUAAAUACUAUCGGAAAAUUUUAAUGAUAUCUGGAGGAAUUUUCCAUCAUUCAUAUUUCAUUACAAUUGAGGUUGAUACAGUGACUUUAUCAGCUAUUGAAUGGUUCAGUCCAUUUGGAUGCAAUCGUCCAUAUCUCCAUAGACUCAACAUUUUUAACAAAACCACAAUGUCAUGGAAGUUUAAACUUAAAAAUUAUGAAAAAUUCUUACAAUAUUAUGGAUGUAAAUUGGUCAUGAUGCUUCCAAGUAGUGAUCGUGAUGGAAAUCUGUAUCAUGUGUCUGGAUACUCAAUUUUAGAUCCUUCGAAAUUUCCUUAUUUUGAAAUAAAAGGCAUAACACCAAUUAUAUAUGAGAUAACAGCAAAAAAGCAUGAUUUUUUAACACGAUAUCAGCCAGCCUUCAUACCAGCAGGCUGGUUAGUAUCAGAAAAAGCUGAAGAAAUCACAAUUUAUCCAAUUAAGAAAACAGUCUUUGAACCACUAAUAUAUUUCGAAGUUAUCAGCUUAUACAAUGCAAAUUACAAUUUACGAGUGUCAAAUGUUGUUGCUAAUUUGAAUGUUCACAUGGUUGUGACUCCAGCUGACAAGUAUACGCCAUAUGAGAAGUUUUUCCUACCUUUUGAUCUUUUGACAUGGAUUCUAUUUUGUGUCACAUUUGUUCUUACAUUCUUGGUCAUUUUUAUCAUCAAUUGCUUCUCAAAAUCUGUUCAAGAUCUAGUUUAUGGUAACAAAGUUGAUACACCAAUUUGGAAUAUAGUCAGCAUAUUCUUUGGAAUUUCACAGAUGAAAUUGCCAAACUCAAACUUUUCAAGAUUCAUCUGGAUCAUGUUCAUUUAUUUCUGUUUAAUUUUUCGGACCUGUUUUCAAAGUAAAUUUUUUGAGUUCAUGACAAGUGAACCAAGACAGCCACCACCCAAAACUAUUGAUGAUCUGAUUGAUAAAGGUUAUAAAGUCUACGCAAUGGAUGUUAAUCAGAAACUUGCAAGCGAUUUGUAUCGAACGGAGCGAUGGCCAAAAGUAUUAAACGUAACUCCAAUAGCUUUCAUGGAUAAAUUCUUAACCCAAUCUCAAAACUCAUCAGCCAAAAUGGGACUUUGUGUUGAUGAAUAUUUCAAAAACUUUGUUGAAUUUGGAGAGCAGAGAAAUGAUGAUUGGAAUCAACUGGAGGAUGUUGUUCUGUACACAACUUAUGAAACCUUUAUGUUUCAUAAUUUUGCAUUUUAUUAUCGAAUGUUUAAGAAUGUCAUUGACAAUUUGAUUCCAACGGGAGUCAUGAAACAUUUGAUUGAAAAUUAUUAUACAAAAAAGUGGAAGUUUGAGAAAUUGGAAGAUGAACCAAAAGUCUUGAGCCUUGAUGAUCUCAUUUUUGGAUUCAAUAUCUGGCUAGGAUGCUGCUUAAUUACAAUAAUCGUCUUUUUUGCUGAACAAAUUGGCAGAAUUAAAUCAAGAGUAAACAGGAAUAAUUUGGAGGAAUUAAAUUAUUUAAAAAUUCAUCCAUUGGAAGGCGAUGCCACGGAACCAUUUAGUAGUUUAGGUAUGGAUUUUGGAAAGAGUUUUAAAAUUAAGGAGCAAAGGGAUGAAUUAUGA